AUGGGAGGUGUUUUAUUAUUUAAUCACUGGGUAAAUAGGUUAAAUAAAAGCACAACUACACUAUUUCAACACAAAGCAGCUUAUUUCGAUGAAAGAAAUUUAAGGAGCAAUGAAAGUGCAGCAAAGAAGGAAGAAAUGGUUAUUUUCCCCAAGUACUUAGGACCAGGUGCGGGGAAUAAAUUAAUACAUAUUGAUGAAAAUGACAAAAGAUACAUGGAACUUCGUGACAAUAUUUCACAAGCAGAUGUUAACAUUUAUUUAAGUGACAUCAUUGGAAUUAAAAGACUUCUUUCAGAUUUGCGACCUGAUGAAUGCAAGAAAAUAAGGUAUCCAGGCAACUUACCUGGAAUAAGCAUUGUGAUAACAUUCCGCGACGAACCAAUUUCGUGUUUAUUAAGAACGAUUUAUAGUAUACUUGAAACAUCUCCAAUUAAUCUCAUAAACGAAAUCAUUCUAGUUGAUGAUGGCUCAGUCAAUUUGGAAUUAAAACUAGCUGUAAAUGUACACGUUGCAAAUACUCAAAAACUCAAACAUAUUCGUAAUGAACAACCACUUGGUUUGACGAUGGCUAGAACAAGAGGAAUCAUGAUGGUGGCCUCUGAGUAUUUCAUUGUUCUUGAUGGCCAUAUUGAAGUGAACCCAGGAUGGCUAGAGCCAAUUAUUUAUCGACUUGUCCAAGAACCAAAUGCAUUGUUGACAUCAAACGUUGGACACAUUUCAAGUGAAAACUUUGAAUAUAUUUUGGAUGAAAAUUAUCAGCGAUUAUGCGCCUUUGACCAAAUCACUCUUGGCGAGAAUUGGUUGACAUACUCAAAUUCUUAUAGAAAAGCUAGAAAUAGUAGCGUGGCUCCAAUUGAAUAUGGCAUCAUCCCGGGCAUGAUGACUGCCAUGAGAAAGGAAUACUUCAUGAAACUUGGAGGAUUUGAUACCGGUAUGGAAGUUUGGGGCUACGAGCACAUGGAAUUAUCUGUGAAAGUAUGGCUUUGUGGCGGACGAGUUGAAAUGAUCCCUUGCUCAAUAAUAGGACACCUAUAUAGAAAUGCCCCGUGGCAAAAAUUACAUCCUGAAUUGAAUUAUAUUAAGAAAAAUAAACUAAGGUUUAUUCUUGUUUGGAUGGAAGGUGAAAUCCAAAAAUUAGCCCUAGAGGCCCUGCAAAGAGGAAAUAAUACAAAAGAAAUUUAUCCAGGCGAUCUACUUGAAAGAUAUAGAAUAAAGGAGGAUAAUCAUUGCAGACCGUAUCAGCAUUAUAUUGACCAAAUUCGUAGAAUUUCAAAUAUUUUUAUUCCAGAAAAUAUUCUGAGGAAAGGAAAUAUACUAAACACAGACAUUAAUCUUUGUUUAGAUAUGGCAAAUAUAGAUGAUGAUUAUGAAUUAAUAACAUAUCCAUGUAGCAGCGAGGUAAAUCAAUUCUUUCUUUUAACAGACAAUAUGAAUAUUCGAAUAGAUCGCCAGUGGCUCAAAGGUAAUAUUUACAAUAACCGUUUAUCUUUCUCUACACAAGAACAAAUCCUCUCAAAUCAAGAGUUGAAAUGGAGUUUUGACGACAAAAGUGGUCUAAUAAAGCAAGGUGUACGGUGUUUGACAGCAAAUAAGUCUGGAAAGGUAUCUCUUGAAUUCUGUAACAAGUCCCCUUUCCAGAAAUGGGAAUGGCCUUCCAGAUAA